UUCUCUCUUUUGUCUAGGUACUGUGAUUUGGACAUGAAUGGGGAGGUGAGUACUCCUGAGAAGAUCUUUCACUCCAAAAGUGCCAAUAUGGUGUCAGACCUGUCCCCAGAAGCCCAGCCUUACACCCGGUUGUCUCGCACUCUGAGAAGUUCUACCAGAACAUCAGCUACGUUCGGGAAGCGCUCCAACUCCAUGCGCAGAAAUCCAAAAGCAGAAAUCACCAAGCAGGGAUGGCUGUACAAGCAGGCCAGCAGUGGAGUGAAACAGUGGAACAAGAGGUGGUUCGUCCUCACUGACAGAUGUCUCUUCUACUACAAAGAUGAGAAGGAGGACACGGUGCUAGGAAGUUUGCCAUUGAUUAGUUUCCAGAUCGAAGGACUGGAGCCUUCGGAUAACAUCACCCGCAAGUUUGCCUUUAAGGUGAGGUUGGAGAAGGAGGAGUGUGAGGAUGGGGAAUUGAAGGGUCCUGUUGUGUUUUGCAUGCAGGCGCAACACGCUGGGACCAGGACAUACUACUUUAGCACAGACAGCCAUGGGGAACAGGAAGAGUGGAUUAGAGCCAUGAACGAGGCUGCAGAGGUCGACAUUCAGCAAACACAGAGAAUGAACACCAUAGCGGAUAUCAACCACACCAUGGUGACCAAGGCACCUAACCGACAAACACAGCACCCCCCUUACACACAAACACACAAUGACACUCACAGUGAAAUUAACCCUAAAAUCAAUGGGGUCAACAGCCUUGAGACGCCCACCGCCUCCAGCCCUUGCUCUGAUCAAGCGGGAAAAAAUACUGAUGGAAGACGAGGAGAAAGUGGAGGAGAAGGUGAAGAUGGGGGAGAACCUGCUCCUGACCACGCCUCUCACCUAAGUCACCAUCCAAAAGGUUGGGGCAACUAUGGCCCUCGCAACACCAUGCCCAACAACAGCAAUAGAAAACCCCCUUCAUCAAGGAAUCACAGUCGACAUUGUGCCCCCCAGGAACACCCAGAGGGGGGUGUUGGCCCAUCAAAUGACAGCAGGGAGCAGCAGGAUAAUGUGAUGCUGAGGAGGGGCUUUGUGCCCAGGACGGCUCCAGAGAGGGUGGCCCAGAGGAAGAGCUCCAUGGCCCAGUUGCAAAAGUGGGUCAACCAGCGGCGGGGCAUGGCCUCCCAGGAGGACAUCAACAGCCCAUCUUGUUACUACCCAGUGAACAGCGGGGUCUCUGGUGACUACUAUGGCUACCCAGGUGGCCCCCCAUAUUUGGAGGAGUACCCCCUGCGACCUGACAGUAUCUGCUCAGUCUCUGCUGUCGGGGGAUACGACCGACGAUGGACAGUCGAAGAGAAGCGUCACUCACUGAGAGACCGACCCCAUCAGCUGUAUGGACCAAUGCCCAGGGAUCUAUGGGGGCCAACUUGCUAUGGCGGAAUGGAAACAUCCAUGAGACGUCUGUCCAUCCAGCCACGCUCCAGGUCUGUGCCCAGGUCACCAUCGUCAUCAUCAGGGGGACCCUACUCACCGGUGCCACCCAACUUUGCCUCGCCGGCUCGAUCUCCAUCUGCCCGCUUUGACCGGUUUCCAGGGAGAAUGAGGGACGACCUGAUCUAUGCUGAUCCAUCCGUCUACAGCCUGAGGAGGUCCCUCAGCUCACCGAAGUAUGACUACCCUGGUGAUAGGAGGUCCUUAAGCCAAGGAUUAUACCACUACAACUACCCUGUAUCCCCUUCCAUCCGCAAUAAAAUGGAGGACAUAUUAGACCUUCAGCUCCAGCGCAACCUUGAUUACUUAGACCAACAGGUGCCUCCUUUUCAUGAUGUCUACAGCAGAGAGUUACAUCCUACACUGAAGCUCAAUGAGAUUGAAACCAGUAAACUCCUGGGUCGACUGUGUGAGCAGAACCAAAUUUGGAAAGACCAUGAGGCUAUUGUCCACAGACUGCGAAUGGAAAAGGACGGCCUUGAGGAAGCACUGGUGGCAACUCAUCAGGAGAUGGAGCUGUACCAUAACCAACCUUUGGCCCUGGAAAAGCUGCGAUUCAAAAAAGAAACUCUGCAGAACCAGCUCAUCAACAUCAGAGGGGAGCUCUCCCAGGCCUCUAGUGCUUUAACCACUACUCGUAUGGAGUUUGAAGCACUAGAGGAUGAGGCCAACGCCAUCCAUGGAGAUCUAUGGGAGCAGCUUAAUGCAGGAGGGCAGAGUGAACUGGUUCAUAGGCACAUCCAGAAAGAGUUUUGGAGAGUCCAGGAUGUAUUAGAAGGACUGCACAAGAAUAACUCAUCCAGAGGCACUGACACAGCCAAGCACAGAGUGGCCAGUGGUGCAUCAGGCUCCUUUAGCACCAAUAGUCCAGCCAGUCCCCUGAGCUCAGUAAGCUUCACCAGCCCACUCAGCCCCUUCUCCCCAGUGCCCGGCUCCCAGGUCUCCCCCACCAAACAGCUGGGCCCGGAGUCCAGGUUUGCAGAACAGAACAAUAUCAAUGACGUGCAGGACCAGGUUCAGGAGAGACAAUCCACCAUGAAUAAAGUUGGCAUUGUCCCUCCUAGAACGAAGUCCCCCACCAACAAAUCACACAGCAGCUCUUCUGGAGUUUCCCGCCAUAAUGGCAGAGGGCCUAAUGGAAUUUCUCGGGAGCGUCCAAAGAGCGCUGUGUUUCCUGCAGAGCUGAAGUCAAAGAUGAGUGUGGAGGAGCAGAAUGAGCGAAUCCGACGCAACCAGAGCAGCUCUGUGAGGGACAAGAGGCGGAGUCUAAACCUCCCAGGUGGCCAACUUCCAGCCAACUAUAAAGUGAUUCGUAGGCGGCUGACAGCUCACGAGAUUGACAUUAAAGACUUGGAGGUAGCGGUUCGAGGCCAGGGGCAUGAGUCGCCUCGGGAAGAAAUCGCUCGACUGAGACGGUUAAAGGUUGAACCAGAACCCUACAACCUGGACAUCAGCAAAGAGUUGGUGACGCCUGAAAAGCUUCUGAUCCCAGAGCGCUACAUGGAUGUGGAGGAUAACACCCCUCUUAGCCCCGAGGAACAGAAGGAGAAACAGAAAAAACUGGAGCGGAUCAAGACCCUCAUUGCCAAAUCAAAUUUGCAGAACAUGGUUCCUCUCCUGGACGGCCCAGUGGACGGCGGAGCUCCAGUCAGUUCCCAGCAGCAGUUGCAGGAGCAGGAGAAGCGUAUAGAGAUCUCCUGUGCUCUUGCUGCUGAGGCCUCUCGUCGUAGCCGCCUUCUCUCCGCCCAGUGCGCCCCCAGUCCCCCCAUCUCCCCAACCAGCCUGGCCUCUCCCCCUUCCUCGACUGACUUCCCCAACUUGGCCCACAUCAUGAAGGCGUGAGUCGUACAAGCUCAAGCCCUGGCCGCUGUCAAUUUUGAUGGAGCAUCUUUCUGAGGAUUCACUGACUAAACAAUAAAGGUGGCCAGGGACAAAUGACUUCAGCAAAAGCACUGAAAGCUGUCAAAGGAAGUUCCAAGGAGGCAGGAACAAAAAUGAAAACCCAAAUUGAAGCUAUAAACCUUGUUAGCUUACCCCUCCAAACUUCAGUACCACUACUCACGACGGGCUCCUUUUCUGUGUGCAUCAAUGGCACAAAGGAAGGCUCCAUUUCUCUUACCAGCUUCAAGAUGGGAAUAUUUCCAUAGAAAUUUUGCUCAGGACAUCUUCUACAAAGUAGAGAUUGGUGAACUAUGUUGAUGAUGAUGAUGAGAUAUUUUAGACAUUGAGAGGCCACACUGAAGAAGAACAAGACAGAGAGCAAGAAAGAGUCACUGAGGUUGACAAAUCAACAAAAGACUCCCUACAGUAAAACCUACAGAGACUUUGUUUGUUAUCAUAAUCGUCAUAUAAACCUUCAGAGACCAAGUGGACACUUUGACAACGGAGUAAAAUAAGAUUGAAGCAUCUCAUCCUCUGUAAAAAGCAGAGGACUCUCCUUCUGAGCUCACUGUGAUGCCUGUUUCACCACCCCUUACACUACCCCCAUCCAAUCAGCCUUGUCUGCCAUCAAUAUCGAUUAUAUGGAACAAUUGGUUGAACACAAUGGAUUACGUUUUGCAUCAGUAUAUCACCCAUCUUUCACACCAAACACAGAGUUUGGUGAGAGGCCAAGUCGAAGAUGGAAGAGCAUUACAUAAACCAUGACCUAGUUUAAAAAGCUGAAUAUGGCGACACCUAGUCCUACUUCAGAUUCAGAGUAUGGAAUUUGUAAAACACAAUACUCAUUUUCUAACCUGGUAUCCUCACCCUCUCUAAUAUCUGCUGUCAUGCUUGAGGUUUUAGGUAGCUUGUAGACACAAAUAUUCUGCGUUGUCUCACUUUUUGAACAGCAGUCUGUGCAGAUCAUGUCAGACAUGCACAGCUGAGGAAAUGUAUGUCACACGGACCUUACCCAAAAGGUAUAAUUAAGGCGUUACUCUUGCAUACAUGCCUCUGCCUGCUGUCAAUGCUGCAGUGCCAUUGACCCAGGUCAGUAUAUUUCAUGGUAAAAAAAUGAAUUUAUUUGAAAUUUUGCCACAAAACCUGGAGGAAAAUCAAGGCACAGCUAGAACUCGCCCUGCCGCUCUUCACUGGAAAUAAUAAGCCUGAGACAGACACAUUUUCUGUGGCUGGACUUGCUGUCUGUAUGGUUCUGAUAAGUCUGAAGCUGUGAGACAGGAAGUGACGAGCUUCCCUCCAGUGUUGGGUCAAGCAUUGUUAUAAAGAGCAGAUCAUCAGCAGUGGACUAUGUACUAAUCUACACCAAGUGUAUUUCAACUUUUACAAUAGCUGAUUCAAAGAAACAGCAGGCAGUGACACAAUCCUCUGCCCUAUGUAAGGAACCAUUUAUCUGAGGCAACAACAUAGCCUAAAGAAGGGAUAGAAAUUGCUCACAGACGAGGUGAAUAUGAGUCCAGAAGCCUUGUCAAUUCAGUUUUCCUUCAACAUGUGGUCAUGGCAACUACACUAUUGUUAAAGUAAGGUAAGGUUAGGACUUUUUGUAACCUCUAUCACCUUUAGACAAAGAUGGUGGUCAUCUGGUGGUUAGACAAGGACAGAGCUUGCUUGAACUACAAGUAGGAAACAGGAUGUGUGUACCAUCACUGUACACUGCUCAUUAUAAACCUGAUAUUUCUCAACUGAACAACAGCUCGUCCACAAGAGAUGCAUAUGAGUGUUAUCAUCCUGCAUCUUGAAGGGGCACGUUCACCUCACCGUCAACCACUGUGUGCAGACUCCCCAGUGAUUGUCUGUAUAUAUAUAUAUGUUAAGUAUGUUGGAAAGAUAUGGUUCAGUGUAUGUGGAAAGUGACCUUAGAAGAGUUACUCUGCUACAAAAGCAGUUGUCUGUGUAAAGAGGAAUUAGCUAAUGAUGCAGUCAUUUGAGAGUCAUGUUACAUAUCCCAUCAUUUCAUCCAGUCAUGCAGUGCCAUAAGUCUGAGACGUCUGUGUUUUUUAUGUUGUGAUGAAUGGACAUAUUCAUGACAUGACUUACAAAGGAGUUUGAAUCUGGAGGAAAAGCAAUGAUUGAAGGUUAGAAACGUCUACACAUGUGGCUUUAAGUCAGACUUCUAAAUGGCCAACAUUAAAUAUUGAAAUAAAUGUAUUGUCCCACAAUUAUGAAGUAAAUAAUGCAUUUGUUUCAUGAGUUCAUUUUGAAAACACAGAAAUGGAUAAAAUAAACAAAUAUUGUUAAAUACCUGAGAGAUAUAUUAAAACACAACUUAUGAUUUGUUAUGUAUUCAUUCCUAUUUUCAUGCUAACAGCUUUAUUGCAUUACUUUCUGUAUAUGUAUGGUACAUUUUAUUUUAGUAACAUUUCUGUCACACAGAAAUGUCUAUCUUCAUAUGUUACAAAUAUGUAGUUUUGGCCAUGCCUCUUCAUUGCAACCUCCUCAAGAUUUGAACGUAGUGACCACACAAACACACCUCCCCUUUGUUAUGUUUAUGUUAUGUAUGGUUUUUUUGCCCUUACACUUUUCGAUGUUCAAAGGACCUGCCUUUGUAGGAAGGUAUUGUAUGACCAUAGUAAGUCAAAGACAAUACGGCACACGUUUUACGCUGAAGAGCGGUUAACUGCUCUCACUGCGCUAAAAACAAGUAUUUAAGAGAAUACUUCUAUUUUCUCUUUUUUUAAGUAUCUUUUUUAGAAAUGGUCCAUGUUUAAAAGAGGCAGUUAAUAUUUUUUCAUGAAUAUUCAAUGACAAGUUGACAGGUUAAAAUUUUAACUCAAUUACGUUUUAAAUUUUUCACAAAUAAAACGUUUUGUUUUUUUUGUAUUGCUCUUGAGGAUUGUUUAAAGAUAUUUUUGAAUUAAUUGGAAUCUGAUGUGUUAAGAAAUGACAGCCGAACAGUGGUGUCCAUUAUUUGAUACUAGAUGUAGCAUUUGUGUAAGAUGAAAAUAAAGAAUAUAUACAUUAUUCAAAUUGAUCAAUGUAUAUAAUAUUUUGGAUCUCAGUUACAGUAUAUCCUACAAUCACAUGUAACCAUUGCCAUUUUGGGGGAAAUAGACAAACUGCUUGAACUAUGCAAAUAAUAAAAAAAAUAGGCAUAUAACAAUGCUUGCUUUCAAUAAACCUUGCAAUAAAGUGAAUGUAUAAAAAUUAUGUGUUUCUCUAGAUGCUUAUGAAUUCAUCACAGUAUUUUGUUUGAUAGAACAUGCCUGGAAUGAUAAUCUAUUCACCGCUCUAAUUUUGUGUUGAUGACGUUCACUGCCAAAACACUACUGACGUAACUGUCCAGCCUGCUCGUUACCAAUAUACUCCCUGAUGAUAUUCUAUAGUCUUUGUUAUAUCAAACUGUAUGUCUGAAUGAAUAAAGUACAAAAUAA